GGGUCGCUCGCCCAUCUUCGGUCGUUCUCGGUUCAGUUCUGGUGAAAGUUGGGAAACCUCCACACUUCAGGGAAGUCUAGUUUUACUUGGAAUUGGUGAACUGUUCGUUGUCUUCCGAUGGAAGAAUGUCGCCGAGAGUGAACCUUGGGCGUCGACCGGUGAACGUCUAAAUUUGAACCCCUGGGCUCAUGCCAUGCUCUGCUGUCACGUUGCAAACCUCGCGACAUGA